UAUAUUCUCACAUAAAUAAACUACAACAGCUUUUAAUGUACACAUAAUAUCAAAAUUUAUACAUCUGAACAAUUAAUUAACAAUUAUGAACGACAUUGGCUAUUGAAACUUCUGCCCUGUGUAAACUGUCGAUGAUCUUGGGAUCAUCUAAAGCUUAAUUGUGAUUAGGAAUCUAGAAAUUAUUUAUAUGAUAAUAAUACUUUGUUGGUUAUAAGUAGAACUUCUCAAUGCAAACAUGUUCUUAUCGAUUGCGCCGCCAUUGAUGGACUUUGAAGACGAAUUGAUAUGGAUUAACCAACUAAGCAACCAAAAUCUGACUGUGUUAUAUGAUAAAUCAAAUUAUGUUACACCCAACACGAAACUCCUUAUAGAGCAAGCAUUCAUCCAGCCACUCAGUUUGCAAGAUCAACAAAUUCUAUUCGAUGAUCUGCAAAAGCAAAACAGAAAUAUUGCACAUCAAUAUGGACUGACACCGGCUAAACUACCUCAACUAGUUGAAAACAAUCCAAUCAUUUCAAUUGAAAUUCUACUGAAACUUAUGUUAACUACCGACAUAACAGAAUAUUUCAAUAUUUUGGUUAAUAUGGACGUAACUCUGCAUUCAAUGGAGGUGGUAAACAGAUUAACAACUUCCUGUCCUCUGCCGACUGAAUUCAUUCACCUAUACAUUAGCAAUUGUAUUUCUGCGUGUGAAACCGUUAAGGACAAGUACAUGCAGUCGCGCUUGGUUCGAUUAGUUUGUGUCUUUCUGCAAUCCCUGAUAAGAAACAAGAUUAUAAAUGUUAAGGUGCUAUUUAUUGAAAUUGAAGCGUUUUGCGUUGGAUUUAGUAAAAUUAAGGAAGCUGCA